AUGGGAGCUUUCUCUAGAUUUGUUGCGCUUGGUGUCCUCUCUACAUUGACAGCAGCCUGGCUGCCCAAGGCCAAUAAAGAAAUCACCGCUAGCGAUGGCACAAACCUAUUCACUACAUCGAACGGCAAGAUCCGCGGAGUCAACUUGGGUUCUCAAUUCAUUUUCGAACCAUGGAUCAGCGAAAGCGCCUGGAGCGAGAUGGGUUGUGGUGGUCAAAAGUCCGAAUUUGACUGUGUGAUGGCUCUCGGUCAAGAUGCUGCCAACAGCGCUUUUCAGAAGCACUGGGCCAGUUGGAUCACUCAGGACGAUAUUAGCGAAAUGGUCAGCUACGGACUAAACACGAUCCGUGUCCCAGUGGGUUACUGGCUUCGUGAGGACCUGGUCGACGCCAAUUCAGAACAUUUCCCUCAGGGUGGUCUUGAUUAUGUCAAGAAGCUGUGUGGCUGGGCAAGUGAUGCUGGCAUGUACAUCAUCAUGGACUUGCACGGUGCGCCUGCUGCGCAGACCCCGACCAAUGCGUUCACGGGUCAGAAUGCGCCUGAAGCCGGGUUCUACAAUGACUAUCAGUAUGAGCGUGCGCUCAAAUUCCUCGAGUGGAUGACCGGGUUGAUCCAUUCGGUCAAUGAGUUCCGCAAUGUCGGUAUGCUGGAGGUCGUGAAUGAGCCUGUGCAGGAGAAUGACAAAGCAAGCUCCAUGCGCCAGAAUUACUAUCCCAAGGCGUUCGAGCGUAUCCGUGCCAACGAAACCAGCGCCGGCAUUGACAAAAAUGAUUAUCUCCACAUUCAGAUGAUGGAUCAGCUUUGGGGCUCAGGAGAUCCUACCCAAUAUAUCGACGACCUGUAUUAUGCAGCGUACGAUGAUCACCGAUACCUGAAAUGGGACACAAGUGUCGAAGUUUCCCAUGAUAGCUACAUCCAAACUUCCUGUAAUGACAAGCGCGACUCGAAUACACCGACGAUCGUUGGCGAAUGGAGUCUCGGUGUGCCUGAUGACGUCGAACGGACCUCCGACUGGGACCCCAGCUCGCAGACCGACUUUUAUUCCAAGUGGUUCGCUGCACAGGUGCACUCAUACGAAGAGCAGCAGGGUUGGGUCUUUUGGACCUGGAAGGCUGAUCUUGGCGACGACUACCGGUGGUCUUAUCAAGAUGCUGUCAAGCGCGGGGUGAUUCCGAAGGACCUCAACUCCUUGCCCAGCGUGUGUUAA